GUGAAGUGUAUCGCACUCAACGAACUUCCAAGCUGUAGUAUGCAAGGGCUUAGUCAGUGUCCAGAAGUGAGGUCUUUGUCACUUCAAAACUGCGGAUUGUUGGUAGUUGAAGGUUUAGACAAGUGCAAAGAACUACAAGAACUUCAUUUACAGGGUAACAACAUUGAAGCAAUCAACCUCAAAGAUCUUCCUAAGCUGGAAGACAUAUCUCUUGCCAACAACAACUUAUCCUCUGUCUAUGGAUUAGAAGGAAUUGGUUCCAUUAUGUCUUUGGACUUGAGCAAUAACAAGAUCACCAGAAUAGGAGAUCUAGCAUCCUGCAGGAGGCUUCAGAAACUACUCAUGGAUAACAAUCAACUCAUAAACACCAAGGGUUUGUCUUGUCUCUCAAGACUUCAGCACUUAAGUCUGGCUCACAAUCACUUGGCUCGUGUCAGUGAGAUUGACAACUGUCUGCUGCUUCAAACGUUGAAUCUUCGAGCAAAUAAUUUACUAGAACCUCCUCGUGUUGUAAACAGUGUUCUCUUGAGAGAGCUUAGACUUGAUGAUAACAGCAUCUCUUCCUUAGAUGCCCUGUCGACUGCAUGGCUACCCUUGCUUCAGAUUCUCAGUGUGAGCCAAAACAGCAUAUCUUGGUUGGCGCCUCUCGGUAAUUUGAUCACGCUGGAGUUUUUGGAUAUCAGCAACAACCUAAUAUCAGACACUGAUAGUCUUCUCCACGGGCUACAAAACUGCCACAGAAUUAGAACAUUAAAGGCUGCAGAAAAUCCUGUUUAUGAAGAUCCUAACUGCAGAGCCUUGAUACUGGAAUACCUGCCAAACCUAUUGAGUUUGGACGACGAGAUUACGCAUCAGAAAAGCAGAGUUUCAGCUGAGAAUCAAGCUGUGUUCCUUGAAAUGUGUCAGAACCAACUCCAAUCUCAGGAUAAUAUAAAGGCCAAGCAAGAAAAAGAACUCGGUGAGAUUACGGACGCAAGAAACCCAGAAAGUGUUGUAAGAAGACUACGCUUAAAGAGUAAACACAGCCAGGAAAGAUUUGAAUUGGCGGUAAAACGCCUGCUUGAACACGAAAAUUUCAGUUCAGAAAACGCAAGUUGUAUAGUUAGGGAAGAGAAAACUUUGGACGGCGACAGAAGCCGAGAAGAGAAGGCACAGUUGCACCAUCCACAGAUGCACCAGCCGAGAGCAAGGAAUGAAAAGGAAGGAAAAACUAAACAGUCAAUAGAUCUACUGGCACAACAACAUGUGGCUGCUACUAAGAUCCAGGCGCUUUGGAGGGGAUGGCACAUCAGGCAUUUGAUUGAUGUCAACACCACUAAAUGGCUCGCAGCUGUGACCAUUCAGUCAGCCUGGCGGGGCUACCUGGUUCGCUCACAACUCAAGAAACAACCCAAGGAACCAUGGGAUCCGAAAAGAAAUUCUGCAGCCACCAUAAUUCAGGCGCAUUUCCGUGGUCAGCGAGUUCGUCGCCGGCUUAAUGAAGCUCUGAGGGCCGCUCAAUUUUAUGACGAUGAAGGAGAGGAAGAGUUUGAUUAUGAUGAAGAAGUGGAUCUUACGGCUUUCGAUUUUGACGAAAACGUUUUAGAACAAGGAUGGACACCGAGUGAAACUCCACAGCUUCCGUCCAGGGGACCAGUGUUAAAAUCACCUGGGAAACCAAUUAAGACAUAUCUCGAAAAGAAUUCCAGAGCUGCCUUCCAACCAGAACCCACGGCACCAAAACCUCAUCACGCCUGGCGUUCAGCAGACUCACCCAUUACCGAUGUCUAUCAACUGCCUGUUCGCAAGGCAACCAUAGAUCAUGACCAGAUGUCAGUGACUUCUGGCUUGCAAAGUCAUCUGUCACAUCGUGCAGAAGAACUGAGCAGCGAGUGGGGUUUCAGGAGUUCCGAGACAGCUGAACUGAUGAUGAGAAGAGCGAAAAAGAUGAAAUAUAAUCCCGCCAGAAGGAAAAAGCUGCUUGAUCCCAAUAAACGUCUGGCUUUAUUCAAGAAGCUGGAAGAAACCAAUAAGUUUCAGGAGGUAAAACCACCGCCUACUAGAAGACAACCACCAAAUAGAGUGGAAUAUUUUGCGGCGCGUGAAGCUAUGGCUAGUCAUCUGAAUUCUACAUCGCCGACCACUGAAAAGCAAAAUAGGGAGAAAAUGACUUACAGUUGGGUUUACAGGCAGGCCGUUGUUCACGAAGACGAAGAGAAAAACAUCAUGGCCGACAGAAAGGAAUACUCUCCUGAUAACAGAGCAAAGAAAACCUCGCCACAAAAAAACGAUCGCUCCUCUGUCAAUCUUCCCCACAUGGAUCCCGUGGUUCUCUCUGGACGUACCCUCCCACUGAUAUCCAGUCCACACUUUUCGCAAUCCCUGGAACAAUCGUCGCCCGAAGGGCUGUCCCCGAGGAGGAAUUCAUUUUCGUCAGAGGGUCACGUACGUUUUCCCGCAAUCAAAACUCAUUCCGUGCCCAACCUCCCAGCCAGGUCCUCGGCCAGUGGAGAACAACCAUUGAAAACAGAGAAAAGCAACAGUGCUGGAGCGCGAAUCAACAGAGAAUCUAAAAACAAGAGAUGAUGGUAGUAAUCGUGCAGUGAGAUCCCGUGGUUUACACCUGCACUGCGACUGCCUUUUUGGACAGUGUUCAGCACCUUUGUUGAGAUUCUAUAAACUAUUUCCGAGCCUAUGGGGGAGGGGAGACUCUGAGACGCCAGAGCAUCACAACCAUCGGACAUGUCUAAAUUAUAAUUUCUUUUAAUUAAUUAAAAAACUUGAGAACUUAGGAAGUUAUCGUUUAUUUCUUAACGAGACCAAGAGUCAAACUGUUAUCUCUCUUGUGCUGUAAUCGGAAUUUAAGGGAGUUAUGAAAUACCACACUGA